CAGUGCUGUGGAAUUCAACAGGAAAUUGGUGUGUUGGGCAAUAUUUCACUGGCCAGACCCAAUAUCUCUAUGAUGCCACGCGAUGGCGUUCUCGUCUAAGACAUGUCUCAUACCUAGCAAAGUAGCCAACGCAUAGGCAUGCUUAUAGUCACAAUCAGUAUGUGGGUAUUUGGCGCUGAUUAUUGAGGGCAGAGAUUGCCUCAGACGUGAGGUGGUCUAUUGUUCUGGGUAUAAUUCUUCAAAAUGGGGUUUGACCUAGGUUAGUCUAGAAGCGAAGCAAAGCAACUCCUGCGUACAUGCCUUGCAACCUCACCCACCUGGGAAUCGUUCGGUGCUUGAAUCGUACUGCAUCAACCCGUGUCUCAUACCAAACUCUGUCAGUCCAAAUGACAAGUGCUUGUGAGGACUUCGCAGGAACCACGUUUGGAAGCUUCCGUCUAAGAUAUGACGGCUUACUAUCACUCAAUCAAUCAACCCGCGCCCAAUUAUCUUUCUGUUCGAAGUCAUCCAGUAAGUACAACGGGAGCAGCUGGGCAGACCAAAUCGGCAUUUCAGUACCCUUAUCAACUAGAAUGGCUGCGACCCUGACAGUCAUCCAAAAGAACAUCUUGGCCAUGUCCAAGGCUGAAUACCUCUCGCAUAUCGGCAACUACGACUACGAAACAAAGCUCCAGGUCGCUGCUGCCAUCUUCAAAGUAGAUGUUCAGUCUUCAAGACCAUCGAUACUGCUUCUAAAACGCAAGCGGCACGGCAUACACAGUCCAGCACUCUUUGAAGUCCCUAACGGUAAUGUGAAUGACGAUGACUUCAUCAUCUCGGACUCUAUAGCCCGGGCAGUCAGCAGUCUAGUCGAUUUGAAGGUCUUUCGAAUAAAUGCCAUGUUACGCGAGAAGCGAUGGGUGGACAGGCAGUAUUCUUGGAUGGACGAUGACGACCAUACCGACCUCACAUCCUUGGUCAAUACGGACUACUUGCAGCUAAACUGGGCCGUAGCCGUGAGUGAUAUCGGGGAUGUUGCUGUCAAAAGUGACGAGCAUGAAGAGUACGUCUGGGCGACCUGGAACGCACUGGGGAUGCUCAAUCUCCGAGACGAGACCCGCGAUCUUGCAAAGGAGGCUUUGACCUGGGCGGCGAGGCGUCUUUGCUGAGUAUUCGCUUGUGUGAUAUAUUCCAAGGGCUCCAGGCGGGCUUGUAGGCUCGAACAGCAAGCAAGCACUUAGGGAGCUCCGUUGUGGAUAAAGUGUAUCAUGAUAGGA